CUAGUCUGCCUGUGGACCCGCUGAGAUGACGAGCUGAAACAGAACCGACAGAAGGAUGAAAAUGCUCCGGUUUCGCAGCCCCAGCAUCCGCUCCUUGGACCAAGAGGUCCUCUGCACGAUCCGCUUACUGGACGACUCCGAGGUCUCCUGCAGCAUCCAGAGAGACACCAAAGGCCAGUUCCUGUUGGACCAUGUGUGUAACCACUACAACCUACUUGAGAAAGACUACUUUGGUAUUCGAUAUGUGGACCCCGAGAAACAGAGGCACUGGCUGGAGCCCAAUAAACCCGUGGUGAGGCAGAUGAAGUCAGCUCAGCAGCCGUACACAAUGUGUUUCCGGGUCAAGUUUUAUCCCCACGAGCCAAUGAAAAUCAAGGAGGAGCUCACCAGGUAUCUCCUGUACCUCCAGUUGAAGAGAGACAUCUACCAUGGUCGUCUCCUCUGUCCAUUUGCUGAAGCUGCAUAUCUGGGAGCCUGCAUCAUACAGGCUGAGCUCGGGGACUACGACCCAGAGGAGCACCCGUCGGACUACAUCAGAGACUUCAAGCUGUUCCCUAAACAAUCCCUCAAACUGGAGAGGAAGAUUAUGGAAAUACACAAGAAUGAGCUCAGGGGCCAGUGUGCUGCAUUUGCAGAGUUGAACAUGCUUCAAAAAGCUCACAGCCUUGAGACUUAUGGAGUUGACCCCCACCCAUGCAAGGAUUUCACAGGCUCCACAGCCUUUCUCGGGUUCACAGCCACAGGGUUUGUGGUCUUCCAGGGAAACAAGAGAAUCCACCUCCUAAAAUGGGCUGAUGUUAGCAAGCUGAAGUUUGAAGGGAAAACAUUUUACGUCAUCGGGAUUCAGAAAGAGUCAUCACUGAAGAAGCUGGUGUUGACAUUUCACACAUCAACCCCUGCUGCGUGUAAGCACUUAUGGAAGUGUGGGGUGGAGAACCAAGCCUUUUACAAGUGUGCCAAGUCAAGUCAGAUAAAGACAGUUUCCAGCAGUAACAUCUUCUUUAAAGGCAGCAGGUUCAGAUACAGCGGAAGAGUAGCCAAAGAGGUGAUAGAAGCCAGCUCAAAAAUUCAGAGAGAGCCACCUGAAGUAUGCAGAGUCCAGUUUGGUCAGAGUCGAAGUUUUAACUCUCUGAGCCAUAAAAACCUCAUCAUGAACAUGGAACCACUGGUACCUGCGCUGCCCUCCACCAAUGAAUACGAAGAGACGGCCACAGACAAUGGUGUUGUUUCUGUGAAGGACUCUGUCCCCUUGUCUCCUUUUAAACCUUCAGCUGCACCUGCAGACACAGAGCAACAAAGUAAUGAAGGAGGAAACUCUGCUUUAGGCAACAACAUGCAGCCUCCCCGUGUUUCCAUGGAAACCUCAAAUCUCCGACCUCAGACACCAAAAGCUAAAGAGGAAGUGGAGGAAGACGACGAGGCCAGCGGCCCACUCACCAUUUCUGAGCUUGUCUACAGCCCUUGUGCAAGCAUGCUGCCCACCCCUGUGGAUGACAGUCAGGGAGGCGUCGACUUGCUUUUCUCCUCUUCGGUCCAAAGCCCCGCCAGGCUGCUGAGGGAGCUCCAUGCCGACCCCGACAUCCAGGCCCAGAUGGAGGCGGAGAGGGAUCGAGACCGGGCCUACGAACGCACCCGACUGGCUGCGAGUAGUCGAGUGGGUGGAGUCCUGACCAGCAGCCUGCUCCUGCUGUCGUCCAAUGAGAGAGUGAACGCAUGUUUGCUGAGUGUGGCCCGCUUUGUUGCUGUAGUAAUGGGCGUCCUGCUUGUCACUGUGCCGACACUGCUGCUACUUCUGGAGUCAGACAUUGACGUGUCGUUCCUCCACGAGAUCCGCCAGACGCCGGAGUUUGAGCAAUUUCACUAUGAGUAUUACUGCCCGCUCCGGCGCUGGAUCCUGUGUAGGAUCAGCAUGGCCAUGGAGAACCUGUGGUCAGACUGAGGAGGGGAAGGAGAUAAAGGAGGAAUCACUGCAGGGGGGAAUAUGCCUGUCUUAUGCCAAAUGUCUGUCUUAACAUAUCAUUUAAUCUUGUAUUCAGUCUCAACAAUUGGUGAAACAAAAGAACCAGUCUGCCAAUGGGAUGAAAUUAGUUCACUUGG